AGUUCAGUUUGUCCCACACUGAUACGUUGGAGUACAUGAUUGUAGUAGAGCAGGGUGGUGUGCUUUUACUUUAUCAGAACAUCUUUUGUGAGUCUUUUCCCCACUUGGACAUGAAGGCAUACCAGGUCCUGCUCGUUCUCCUCCUGACCGCUGCGGCAGCUGACGCUCAGUCUUUCCACCCUGGCAAAUGUCGCCGUCCUUCUGUUCAAGAGGAUUUCGAUGUUAUGAAGUAUUUGGGAACCUGGUAUGAAAUCGAGAAGUUCCCAGCUGUGUUUGAAAGAGGAACAUGUAAUCAAGCUACAUACAGUAUGCUCGCUGAUGGUUCGGUCAAAGUUCACAAUGCAGAGCUGAUGUCUAAUGGGAAGAGAAAUACAAUUGAGGGUGUGGCCAGAGUUAAAAACUCGUCUCAACCUGCUAUUCUGGGUGUUCCAGAUGGUCCCUACUGGGUACUCUCCACAGACUACCAGUCAUAUUCUCUGGUGUACUCUUGUACCGACCACUUCCUUUUCCACGUUGACUUCGCCUGCAUCCUGGCUCGCACUCAGGUUUUGACUGAGGAUGUCAUUAGCCGGUUACGUAAUAAGCUGGCUUCUGCUGGUGUAAACAUAAACCGCCUUACAGUCAGUGAUCAGUCUGGAUGUGAACGGACCAAAGGCAAGAGGAAUGACAGACCCAUCAUUGGAGUACUGGCUCAAGAAGUUAGUUCCCCUACAACCAAACCAAAUCAAACGGCUUACAUUGCCGCCUCUUAUGUCAAGUUCCUGGAGUCAGCAGGAGCGAGGGUUGUGCCUGUCAUGAUUAACCAGACACUGGAGGAGUAUAAGAAACUGUUCAACUCCAUUAACGGGAUCCUUUACCCGGGUGGAAGUGCCAGCAUCACGUCAUCUGGUUAUGAAAGAGCGGCAAAAAUCUUUUAUGAACUUGCUAUUGAGGCAAACAAGGGAGGCGACUAUUUCCCGGUGUGGGGCACCUGUCUUGGAUACGAGCAGCUGACCGUUUUGACGAGUGGAAAGAACUUACUGUCACUUACCAACACAAGUGAUGUGCCGUUACCUCUGAACUUCAUUAAUAGAGCCAAAGACAGCAGGAUAUUUAAAGGCUUCCCAGACGAGCUCAUUGCAGAUCUGGCUUCUGAGCCGCUGACAGCAAACUUUCACAGGUGGAGUUUGUCACUGUUGACUCAUAACACAAACGAGGAGCUGAACAGCUUUUACAAAGUUCUCUCCACAAACACAGAUGGAACAACAGAGUUUGUGUCAACGGUGGAAGCAUAUGAUUACCCAAUUUAUGGGACGCAGUGGCAUCCGGAGAAAAACGCAUUCGAAUGGGGGAAGCCUUACAUUCCACACUCUCCAUCAGCAGUAAAGACCACCUUCUACAUGGCUGAAUUCUUUGUCAGUGAAGCCAGGAAGAACUUUCACAGAUUUGGAUCCGAGGAGGAGGAGAGCAAAGCGCUGAUAUACAACUACAAUCCUGUUUACGCUGCGCCCGAUAGGGUCUUUGAACAAAUCUAUUAUUUCUGAUGUUUGUUUGCAGAGUACCUUUUCCUUUUCCAACAGCUGAUUACAGUUACCAAUUGAAAAAAAUAUAUAAUUUCUUGAAGGAACAAUGUAUGACAUUCAAAGCAAUAAUAUAGCAGCAAACAACUAUUUGGUAAAUAUAUAGUGGAUCUGAGCAGAGAAUGAAGUCGCUCUUCCUCCGUUUGUGUUGUUAGCAAGCUUCUCCUUGCUUUGUUGACAUAGCCGGGCCGGCAGCGCUUGCUUUUAGUGCAUGUUAUAUCUUGAAAAAGUUCUUAACCACUGCAAGAAAAGUCGAUGUCAUUUGCAUUCAUAAAGGGGCACUUCUAACUCGCACAGGAUCCGCCCCCUACUGGACUCUAUGGGUAAUACUCUCCUGCAAUCAGGAUGUGCCUACGCUCAUGCACAUUUUCAGUGGGAGAAUGAUUGGAGAAGAGUAUUACCCACAUAGUCCAGUAGAGGGCUCCGCCUGUGUUACAGGGUUACAACAUUGUAACCUUCGUUAAAUUCUAAAAUCUAGGAAAGCAACAGGUGAACAGAAAUGAAGAGUCAAAUGUAACUUCCAAAAUGCUUUAUGCACAAAUAACACUCGACACAUAUUGUUUCUUUUUUCUAUUUAGAAUAAAAUGAUAUCUGAAUAACAUUUACACAUCAAGCUGACGAGACUGGGAUCUCAAUCACAAUACUACUGGAAAUGUAAUUUAUGCAAUCCAGUAAGGAACAUUCAAGAUGUCAAAAUGACCACGUGGAGCUGAGCUAUCAGGGAUAGUGCUGCAAAUAACCUCUUAACAUGCACUGAAACGUAAUACAAAUGGUCAUUCAAAUAAUAAAAAAUAAAAUGACACAUGUGCCUCAAGAAUUCAUUAUUUCGUAUGCCAUGUUUGCAUUACUUCAUUUAA